AUGGCCGUCGACGUCCCACACACCCAAAAGGCCUUUGUGCCUCUCGCUAUCCCAAACAAAGUACCCCAAACUCACACAAUGCAAUUAGAAAACAACCCAGAAGUCAUGUCCCACUUAGUCCACCAGCUGGGCCUCCCCAAAACCCUAGGCUUCACAGACGUCUUCUCAAUCGACGAGCCAGAUCUGCUAGCCUUCGUCCCACGCCCCUCCCACGCCCUCUUACUAGUCUUCCCCGUCUCCAAAACCUACGAAACAUCCCGCCAAACCGAAGACGCCGCAUUAUCGGAAUACACAGGCUCCGGCCCCAACGAGCCAGUAACAUGGUUUAAACAAACAAUCCGCAACGCAUGCGGCCUCAUCGGCCUCUUGCACACCGUGUCAAACGGCGAGUCGAGAAAACACGUUAUCCCAGGCUCUGACUUGGACGGGCUGCUUCGUGAUGCGGAGGGUCUUGCGCCGGUCCGACGGGCUGAUUUGCUGUACGAGUCGAAGGCGCUGGAGAGUGCGCAUGCUGAUGCGGCCAAGUUGGGGGAUACGGCGGCUCCGGAGGCUGGGGAUGAGGUGGAUUUGCAUUUUGUAGCGUUUGUUAGGGGAGAUGAUGGGACGCUUUGGGAGUUGGAUGGGAGACGGAAGGGCCCGCUUGCUAGGGGGGUUCUUGGGGAGGGGGGAGGAUGCGCUGUCGGAGAAGGCGCUUGGGCUUGGUGUUAG